CGGCCGUCUACUUCAAGGGGGGCACUCCUCCCCCCGACCCUUGGAAAUACCUGGUUGGCGGUUGGUGCAACAUCCUCUUGACCUCCCACUGGCGCCUCGAGACUCGACCUCCGAACCGAUGAAGCUGUGACCCAAGGGGUAAACCAGCGUCGCAAUGGAUUUCAACACGAUGCCGCGGAAGCUAUGGGAGCAUCCCGACCCCAAGAGCACCAACAUGUGGCAGUUUAUGCAAGGUGUCAACCGCAAGCAUGGUCUAUCCCUAAAGAACUUUCGUGACUUGUACAAGUGGUCCUGCCAUAACCGCGCCCUUUUCUACGAGCAGCUGUGGGUCUGGCAGCGCAGCAUCCACGAGGGAUCAUAUACCAAGGUCGUUGACGAAUCCGUUCCCAUUUCCAAGCUGCCACGUUGGUUCGAAGGCAUCCGCCUCAAUUGGGCCGAGAACCUGCUAUGGAGCCGGGGACCCGGCGACGCGCCGGCUGGUGAGCGUACGACCCUGCACAAAGAAGACACCAAGAUUGCCCUGACCGAGGUGCGUGAGGGCAACACCGAAGUCCGCGACGUGACGUGGGCAGAGCUGCGUGCUCGCGUCGCCCAGAUGGCCGCCGCCAUGAGCGCGCGAGGCGUCAAAAAGGGCGACCGUGUUGUUGCCGUCGCAGCGCAUGCUUUGGAGACUGCCGUGGUGUUCCUAGCGACGACGUGGCUUGGCGCCAUCUUCAGCAGCAGCUCGACCGACAUGGGAGUUUCCGGUCUAUUGCAGCGGGCGACACAGAUAGACCCCAAGUUCGUCUUCUUCGAUGACGGCGCACUUUACAACGGAAAGGUCCUUGACUUGCGCGACAAGAUCUGCGGCGUGGCCGACGGCAUGAAACAGUGCCCGAGUUUUGAAUCCAUUGUCGUCAUCCAACGUUUCACCGGCAAGCCGUACGAUACGUCCUCCAUCUCGAGCACGGAGCGUCUCGAGCAGUUUUUGCAGGCCGGCACGCGCCUCACCGCUCCCCCGCCCUUCGUUCGCGUUGGUUUUCAGGACCCCAUGGUCGUCUACUACUCGUCAGGCACGACGGGCACCCCCAAGGCUAUUGUUCACGGCGUCGGCACGGUCAUCAUGUCCAUGGAGAAGGAGGGCGGCUUGCACCGCAACACGGGGCCCGACGAUGUGCAUCUACAAUACACAACGACUGGUUGGGUCAUGUACCUGGCCAGCAUAGCUCACAUGCUUUUGGGUGGUCGCAGCGUCCUGUACGACGGCUCGCCUUUCCUGCCGGGUCCAGACGUCCUUGUACGCAUGUGCGAAGAGCAUCGCGUCACGAUCUUGGGGGUCAGCCCUCGAUGGAUGACAGAGCUCAUGAAGCGGAACAUUGUGCCGCGCGAGCGUGCCGACUUGUCGCGUCUUAGGCUGGUGACGAGCACGGGCAUGGUGCUGCCGGAACAAAUGUUCCAUUGGUUCUACGACAUUGCCUUUCCCAAACAGGUGCAGCUUGGUAACAUGUCUGGCGGGACCGAUAUUGCCGGCUGCUUCGUCAUGGAGAAUCCGCUGGAGCCGCUGUAUGCCGGCGGCUGCAUGGGCGGCUCCUUGGGCGUGCCCAUCGCCAUCUACGACCACGACCUGCCCGAUGGGAGCCGCGGUAAGGCGCUUCCGGACGGCGAGGCGGGUGACCUGGUCUCGACGGGCGCGUUCCCCAACGUGCCUCUCUUCCUGUGGGGCGACACGGAGCCGGCGCCGGGCAAAAAGUACGUGGACUCAUACUUUGGGCGGUUCGAGGGCGUGUGGGCGCAGGGCGACUUCAUCGCCGUGCACCCCAAGACGGGUGGGGUGGUGAUGCUGGGUCGCUCCGAUGGUGUGCUAAACCCGAGCGGCGUGCGGUUUGGCAGCUCCGACAUCUAUGCUGUCCUGGAGCGGCGAUUCACUGCCGAGGUGGCCGAGAGCCUGUGCGUCGGUCAGCGCCGCGAGACGGACCUCGACGAGCGGGUCGUGCUGUUCCUGCUCAUGCGGCCGGGCAAGAAGCUCGAUGCGGCGCUGGUAGCCAAGAUCAAGGAUACGAUUGCGCGGGAGAUGACCAAGAGGCACGUCCCCAAGUACAUAUUCGAGGUGCCUGACAUUCCGGUCACGGUCAACGGCAAAAAGGUCGAGCUACCCGUCAAGAGCAUCAUCUCGGGCAAGACGAUCAAGCCGAGCGGGACGCUGCUCAACCCCAAGAGCCUCGACUUUUUCUACCAGUUCCAGAAGAUUGAGGAGGUGGCUCCGCCCCAGGCGAAGCUGUAGCGAGAAGUGUACAUAUGUGGAUGCGAUGGUUGGCUUCGAUAGGGUAGACUAAAGAUGGGCCGCGCCAUCUCACGGAGACUGAUCAAAGCAGUCAGAUAACAGGAGGUAUUAUUGCUACACAAUGUACUGUUGUCGUCAGUUUUGUCGUUGCCCGUAACGCCC